AUGGCUUCUGAUAAGAAGCCGUCGUGGGGCAACGUGAAGAAAGCGCGAGGCGUUGAGACACUGGUUUGGGGAACACUCUCCGCUGAUGCCUGUCGAGAGGUGCUGGGCUGUACCACUUCUGAACUCUAUGCCACCCAGCAGAUCAUAAAGGAGGGAGGGAUCAGAAACGGUCAGUUUGGCAGCAAUAUCAACACAGUCAACAUCAUUGCCGCCAUGUUCAUUGCCACUGGUCAGGAUCCUGCCAGCACUGCCGAGGCAUGCUGGAGCCAUCUGACUUCAGAACUUGACCCUAAGACGGGCGCACUCACCAUGAGUCUCUAUCUGCCUUCUCUGCCUGUGGGCACCAUUGGCGGUGGCACUGGAUUACCGAUGCAGAGGGAGGCUCUCAAAUUGCUUAAAUGCGAUGGUGAUGGAGCAGGGCAGAAAGAGCGGCUUGCUGGUCUCAUCGCCGCUUUUGGCCUUGCCUUGGAUGCCAGCACGAGUGCGGCGAUCACCAAUGACACGUUCACCGCCAGCCACAUGCGAUUAGGAAGGGGACAAGAGCGGCCGAAAUUAUGA